GAAGGACUUGAGAGCUAAGAUUCUGUGAUCCAGAACUCAGCUGUCACCUUGGUCUCCUGGAGGAGAAGAGGGCUGAUCAUAUGCUUGUUUUUCCAGGAUAUUGUAUUGAAAAUCGAGUCAGGGAUCUAUUGGUGGAAGGAAAACUCUGUGAGCAGAGUCACAUUUAUCUGUUCUCUGGAGUUUGUCUGGGAAACUUUGCUUGGUAUCAGGAGGUCUGAAGACUGGAAGGGCCCUACUCAAUUGGAAUCUUUCUCUGCAAGACAAAACAAUAUACAAACUGCAACAUGCCCUCUAUGUUUGAGAGAACUAGCAAGAAUAUCACCAAAGAGAUUGGAGACAAAGAUCUGAGGCCUGUCGAAAGCUUCUUGAGUGCCACCAAAAUACAUCAGUUUUCUUUAUUACUGAAGAGGAAGCCUCGCUCACAGUUCUGGGAACAACCUGAAGAUCCAACGGAAGUCUCCCUCAUGCACAUUCUCGAACCAAUUUCUUCAGUCCCAGAGCCUGUUAAGGAAGGACCAUUCCUCCUCCGUGAUGCUGCAGUGCUGAAGCUGAAGGCUGGUGUGAGUGUGAAUUCUGGGGUAGAAGUGAACGUGUCUGGGGAGGCUACUGAGUCCUAUGAUGACACCCUACAGUAUCAGAUUGUUACCACCCCAUUCCCAACCUGGACAGAACUUCAAAAGAGGAAAGUGUUGGACCCAGAGCCAUCAUUUCUGAGGCAGUGCCGGGAAACAGGUGUGGACCUGUAUGUGGUGACAGAGACAGUGGAACUGCUCAACAGUCCUGUGCUGCAGGAAACCAGCAGUGGGAAAAGUUCCGGACUAUUUUCCCUCUCUUGGAAUACUUUUUUCAAGGGUGAAGGAGCGGGAAAGCGUCUCAAAGUGAGAGAGAAGGAGCUGACUCUGCAGAAGGGCAUGGUGAUGGCCUAUAAGAGGAAACAGCUGGUUUUCAGGAAGAAUGGCUGGGAAAUUUAUCACAUCUCAGAUGAUGACAAGCAGAAGACCUUUCCAGAAGACAUCAAAUUUCGCAUCAUGCGAUCAGAAGGAGUAAAGGAACGCUUGAGGAAAGCCUACAUGGAAGAGAUUCCUUCUGUCCUCCCAAUAGGAAGAAUAGAAAAACGUUUUGGCCAAGAGUUCAAGCACCUACAAGAGGAGGUUUCCCAGCAAAUGGAGGCACUGGCCCAGCUCACAAAGGGCGUUCAGGAUGCUCUAUUCCACAAUAUCCCGGCCAUGCUUGGGGACCGAGGGGCACUUCAGGAACUCAUGGACAUGCUCGAACAGGAACCCUUGGGUCAUUUGAGUGGCCCUGGUGGCACCAUCUUAAAUGAACUGCGAAAGGACUCAAGUUAUCCACCGGUUAACCCAAAGUACCCCAUCCUUUACCUGCUUGAAGCCAUAUUGGUACUGAGUGACAUCCAACAUGAUCUGCUGGCCCAGUCCAAGGAGAAGAGGAUCCUGCUCCAUCAGCGGGAGCUGGUGAGAAGCAUCCUGGAGCCCAACCUCAGCUACCCCUGGAACAUUCCCUUCACCCUCAAGCCCGAGCUCCUCGCCCCACUCCAGGGGGAGGGUUUGGCCAUCACCUAUGGCCUGCUGGAGGAGUGUGGCCUGAAGAUGCAGCUGGAUAGCCCCAGGUCAACAUGGGACCUGGAAGCCAAGAAGCCCCUGUCUGCCCUGUAUGGGAUCCUCUCGAUGAUGCAGCAGCUGGCAGAAGCCUGAGGCUUCCCUGGUGGGUGGUCAGUCCAGAGAGGCCUGGCCCCACCCCAGUCUAUGCUGUGAGUGUCCUCGGUGGGCUCAGGGGACCCAGGGUCACGCCUCUCUGCCUUUCCCGGUGGGAUAGAGAAAGGGAUGGACGGAGACUGGAGGGAAAGUCCUGGGGUGAUGGAAAUCUCUCUGUCUAGAUAAAGGUUUAUGCAUUGGUCUAAACUCCUCCAAUAGUGUGCUGAAGAAUGGAGCAUUUCUCUGUCUGUAAAUUUUACUUCAAAACAAUGUAGACAAAUAUUGAACUCUAGUUAAUAAUAUGCAUUGUUUUGGGUGAAGUGUACUGCUGUCAGUAAUUUACUUCAAAGUGCAUCAAAAAAUAAGGUGGAUUGAUGAUUCACAAACAGAUCUGUGACCAAGGAAAUGUGGUAAAAUGUUAAUAAUUGGGGAAUAUGGGUGUAGGAUA